GGCCACAGCUAACUAGUCCGACACAGCACUCAACACUUCCAGGAUGAACAACAACCAAAACAUCAGACCACUCACCACACUCAACAACAACAACACCAGACCAACACUACACAGUCUACAGCCCAUCAACAACAACAGCAACAACAGCAGCAACAGCAACACCCAAGAACAACCACUCUCAGCAAGCUCACUCUCAGCACCAGAACAUUACUCAAACCCAUCAUCAUCCGUCAGUAGGGCAAGCUCAGCUAGGAGCACAUCAAGCGUACAGGCAGUCCCAUUCAGAAUACCCACCAGACUCACAACCACCACCACCACCACCACAACAACAACAACAACAACAACCAACACCUCAAACUCACCAUCCAAUAUCGACCAACUCAUGAUCACUAAUAUCAACGAUCAGCUCAUACAACCACUCCAAAACCUGUCCAUCCAUCAGCCUCCAUCAUCAACCUCAACUCAAACAACAAUAAUCGAACAGCAAAAAAACUUACCCCGUCCUGAACUCCCUCGUAAUCCCUCUACCUCGAGUACCAACAUCAACUCAGCACGAAAGGGAAUCAAAGAUUUCAUUGUCGGGGAUAUCUUGGGAGAAGGAUCUUAUUCAACGGUCUAUCAUGUUAAGGAUAAACAAGUACCCGAUAAGGAGUAUGCACUCAAAGUGCUCGACAAACGUCAUAUCCAAAAGGAGAAGAAGACCAAAUAUGUGGCCAUCGAACGGGAUACUUUGAACUUACUCGACCAUCAUCCGGGCUGUAUUCGAUUAUAUUCGACCUUCCAAGAUGAAUGCUCACUCUAUUAUCUUCUGGAAUAUGCGCCCAAGGGUGAAAUCCUAAGAUCUAUCAAGACUUUGGGAUCUUUUUCAACAGAUUGUGCUAGGUUUUAUGCUGCUCAAAUCUUAUCUGCGAUCGAACAUAUGCAUUCUAGAGGAGUCAUUCAUCGAGAUAUCAAACCUGAAAAUAUCCUAUUGGACUCUGAGAUGCGGAUCAAGAUCGCCGAUUUCGGAAGCGCCAAGAUCUUACACCCAUCCUCAUCUACAUCAACAGUGACAACGACGGGUAAAGAACCAGGUUCCGAGCGAUCUCAUUCGUUCGUAGGCACGGCUGAAUACGUCAGUCCGGAAUUACUAGUACAAAAAGUGACCAGCAAGAGCUCGGAUUUGUGGGCGUUCGGUUGUGUGUUAUUCCAGAUGAUCACGGGCGUCCCACCUUUCCGGUCUCGGAGUGAAUACCUGACUUUCCAGAAGAUCACUCAUCUAGAGUACGAGUUCCCGGUGGGAUUCCCUUCGGAUGGCCAGGAUCUGGUCUCACGGCUGUUGGUGCUAGAACCCGAGAUGCGGAUCGGGGCCUCGAUGGAGCGCGGGGGAAUCGGGGAGAUCAAGACACACGCCUUCUUUGACUCGGUCGAUUGGGACCGACUCUGGGAGCUCCUCCCGCCCGUUCUCCAUCCGGGCCUCGUCGUCGCUGCCGCCCCUCCUCCCGAGAGCCUCGACCAGCAGCCGCAACCUGGGCCGGUCUAUCUCCCCGAGUUCUUCCAGCAAGACCUUCUCUCCCCUGAUCCCCCGCUUCUUCCCUCCCCUGACCCUCCAUUCCCACCUCCUGAGCCUCAUCCCCCUUCCGCCGGCCUCGGCCUCGCCCUUCUCGACUCUCAUGAGCACCUCCUCACCCAUCCUGUCGAUAGCGAUGUCGAUCUCGUUCACCAACCCGAAUCCAAAGCCUCCCUUGGUAAUGCACUCUCGAAACGUAAAUCUUGGUUGCUCGGAGCUGGGCGUAGGAAAUCUAAGGAGGACCAUUUCGUCUACUCUUCAAGUGGUGAAAUGACUUGGGCAGAAGUGUAUCUACCGAACGAGCUAGUGAUCUAUUCCUCGGUCGUCAAUGAGCUUUGGGGGAUUCCAGGCAGUAGUAGUAGUUACAGUCACAGUACUACCACGAGUUCAGGGAAACCGGCGACGGCAAGCAAGAUGGUCGAGAGCUUGAGGGGGAAGAAGAAGAAGAAACGACAGCUGAUCCUCACCGAUUUUCCGCGUCUGUUGUGUGUCAAAGAGGACGGCAAGAGCUCGAAGGUUCGGGUGAAGUUUGAGGUGUUGUUCAAGCCCUUGCCGAGUCCUACUACGACCACGUUCACGAUCACUAGUCCGGUCGAAUCGAGGGAUGGAGGGGAAGAAGGGGGAGUGGCGCAUCAGAGACUUGCCGAGGGGCAUUGUAAGACCCCCUCUGCAGCCUCAUCGUCCUCGCAUCUCACAUACUCUUCUUCCGCUAGUCACUCCACCGCUACUCGCAGUCAUCCGCAGCAGCCCGAACUAGCGUCGCCCCGAGCUCCCUCUGUCGAGCCUCUCCAUCCUCCUCCUCAUCAACAUCAUCUACUGCCUAAUCAACUCUUGCUCUUCAAGAAAGUCGAGAUCGAAAACCCGCGUUGUUUUAAAAUCGAAACCGUUCCUAUCGAGUAUAAUAAUAAUAGUAAGAAUACUCAUAAUGCUAAGCAGCAACAACAGCAACAACAACAAAAGUGUUGUUGGUUUAGGUUCGAAGAUAAGUCUGAUGCUGCCCAACGUUGGACAGAUGAGAUCAAUCUAGCGUUUCAUGUUGCUAAUAAUAAAAAUCACAAGAAAUGAACCGUUCUUUAUCUUUUUUAUUUAUGUACUUUUUAUUUUUAUUUUCCUGAUACAACUGUAUGUAUUUUUUUUCUCUCUCUCUUUCUUUUUUUUUUUUUUUUUUGGUUGGGUGGGUGGUUCAGGUUGGUUUAUCUUUGUCUUUUUUUUUUUUUU